CAUCGUCCCCAUCGACAUACCCAUCCCCAUCUACUGCUCUCGGCUUAUUCGGCUCGUCCCCAAUGAAGCCGACGAGUCUCAUCGACUCGGCUUCGGGCUGGCGCGAGCCGAUCCUCGGCUCGGACAAGCUGAGCCACGAGAUCUUCUCCUUCCUCGAGUCCCGCUUCCUCUUCGGCCCGGGCGAAACCCUAACCCUAGACUGCGGCGGCGGCGGCGGAGGGAGAGGGAGGGGGAGGGUGCGGAUCCUCUCCAUCGACGGCGGGGGCGGGGGCGGGGAGCUCGCGGCGGCGGCGCUCGCGCGGCUCGAGGCGCGGCUCCGGGAGCUCUCGGGGAACCCUAGCGCCCGCAUCGUCGACUUCUUCGACCUCGCCGCGGGGUCCGGCGCCGGCGCCGUCCUCGCCGCCGCGCUCUUCACCCGCGGGAGCGUCUCCGCCGCCGACGCCGCCGCCGCGCUCGCCCUGGUCCGAUCCGACGACGACCGUCGGACGAGGAAGAAGACGCGGACGCGGAGCUGGAUCUUCGGGAGGAGAUCGCGCGGGGGGGUGGUCGGGGCGCUCGACAGGGUCUUCGGGGAGGCGACGAUGCGGGACGCGGCCAAACCCUUGCUGAUCCCCUGCUACGACGCCGCCACGGGCGCGCCGUACGUGUUCUCGCGCGCCGACGCCGUGGAGGGCGACGCCUACGACUUCUUCGUCCGCGACGUCUGCGCCGCCGCGUACGGCUCCGCCGCCGCCGCCGUGUCGGUGGACGGGGCGACGCGGGUGCUCCCGGCGGCGUCGGCGACUGCGAUGGCGAGCCCCGCGGCGGCGGCGGUGACGCACGUGCUCCACAACAAGCAGGAGUUCCCCUUCGUCGCUGGAGUCGGCGACCUUCUCGUAGUCUCCAUCGGGAACGGCGGCGGCAGCGGCGGCGGCGCUGCUGCGUCCGAAGCAGCGGAGGAGCUGCUGCGGAUUGCCGGAGCAACGCAAGCGGAUAUGGUGGAUCAGGCGCUGGGAUUCGCAUUCGGCGAAAGCCGGUCGGCGAGCUACGUCCGGAUCCAGGGGGACGGCGUCACCGCCGGUCGGACCGCGGAGGCGAUGCUGGCGGAGCGGAGCGUCGAGUCCGUCCUCUUCCGCGGGCGGAGGAUGACGGAGACGACGAAUGGCGAGAGGCUGGAUUGGGCCGCGGGGGAGCUGGCCAAGGAAGAGGAGAGGCGGCGGCGGAGCAAGACCCCGACGGUCCUGAUCUGCGUCGUCGGAGAUCACCGUCUCGACGGUGUCCGGCGCCUCCUCGGCUUCUCUAUGAUCAUCCUUUAA